GUUUGCACAACCAGGAGACGAUACUGCUCCAAAAAGAUGUUCCUUCAUUCGGUAUUCUUUUGGCUGUGGACUCAUGUCUCCAUCUUUCCACCACAGGAAGCGCAGAUAGUUGCGGUCGUUCUCCUUGACAUGGAACUGAUGAAACAUUUUCUCUGUGUCACAUGUCAGAGCAAUGUGAUGCUGCCGGAACCUUAUGAGAACGUCAGUUAGAUUAUUAAUCAUGUCUGAACCUGGAAGUAGAUGUUCGUUUAGGCUGGUACCAUUGUCCUUUGCAGAGCAGUCGAACACAACACACAACUUAUCUGGCUUUUUUGGAUGGUAGACACCAUGGUGGGGAAUGAACCAUCGUUCACCAUGAGUGCCAAAAUCAUGGACCUCUUCAUCAUCACCUCUCUCAAUGAUAUCCUUCAUGUUUGCAGUGUAAUCUUGUUUAUAUUUCUCAUCCUUGCAGAAUUUACGCCCUAAAUGUCUGAGCCUGACUUCAGCAAGCUGCCUGUUAUCAGAGACCAAAUGGAAGAUUGCAGUUCAGAUCUACAUGAUAAAUCGGGUUUAUCAUCCAUAUUGAAGUCGCUAGAGGAAAAAGCCAUGAAGUUCCUAAAGGAGGAACUGAAGACGUUUGUGAGGUACCUAGAUCAGAAUUAUCCAGAAUGCUCUGAGCCUCAGCUGGAGGAGGACAAUGACCUGGACUGUGAUGGUCAGAUGCAGACGACCAGUGUUAGAGAGGUAGCUCUGAAGAUCACAGUGUACAUCCUGAGGAUCAUGAAACAUAAUGAUCUUGCUGACCUGCUGGACAAGAGACAGCUCAUGCUGCAACAUCAACAGGAAAUUAAAUGUAAACUUAAGAAGCAAUUUGAGUGUGUAUUUGAAGGGAAAGCUAAGGAAGGACAGCCAACACUUCUCAGUGAGAUUUACACAGAACUCUACAUAACUGAAGGUGGGACUGGAGCAGUCAAUGAUGAACAUGAAGUGAGACAGAUUGAAACAGCAUCCAAGAAAAGGCGAACAGAAGAUACUACAGUCAAGUGCAAUGAUAUAUUUAAACCCUUAUGUGGGCGUGAGACACCUAUCAGAACUGUACUCACUAAAGGGGUGGCAGGUAUCGGGAAAACAGUCUCUGUGCAGAAAUUUAUUCUCGACUGGGCAGAAGGAAAAGCAAACCAGGAUGUUCACUUCAUAUUUGCUCUUCCUUUCCGGGACCUGAAUUUGAUUAAGGGUGAAUACAGUCUCAUUGAACUGCUUUGCCACUUUGUCCCAGAACUGAAAUCUCUUGAAUCCACUGAGCUGUUUAUGUACAAAAUCUUGUUCAUCUUUGAUGGUCUGGACGAGUGUCGCCUUCCUUUCGAUUUUCAGAACAAUGAGAGCUGGUUUGAUGUAACAAAGAAAACAUCACUGGAUGUGCUGUUGACUAACCUCAUUAAGGGGAAUCUGCUCCCAUCCGCUCUCCUCUGGAUAACCUCCCGGCCAGCAGCAGUCAAUCAGAUACCUGCUAAGUGUGUCCACCAGGUGACAGAGAUACGAGGGUUCAGUGAUGCCCAGAAGGAGGAGUAUUUCAGGAGGAGAUUUAGGGAUCAGAGCCUGGCCAGCAGGAUUAUCACACAUGUGAAAUCAUCAAGGAGCCUCUUCAUCAUGUGCCACAUACCUGUGUUCUGCUGGAUUUCAGCCACUGUGCUUAAGAGGUUUUUUAGUGAGACUGACAGGGGAGAAAUUCCAAGGACUCUGACUGAAAUGUACACACACUUCCUGAUCUUUCAGACAAGUUUAACAAAUGACAAGUAUAUGAAAAAACAAGAAACUAAGCUUAAAGAAUACAGCAAGGAAUUCCUUUUAAAACUUGGUAAACUUGCUUUUGACAACCUUGAGAAAGGCAAUCUCAUAUUUUAUGAGCAAGAUCUGACAGGGAAUGGCAUUGAUGUCACUGAAACUUCAAUUUACUCUGGAGUGUGCACAGAAGUCUUUAAAGAGGAGUAUGGGUUGUACCAGCAGAAGGUGUACUGCUUUGUGCAUCUGAGCAUCCAGGAGUAUCUCGCUGCUUUAUAUGUGUUUCUGUCAAACUCAUCAGCUGACCUGCUGAAGACUGCAGUGAAUCAGGCAUUAGAGAGCAAGAAUGGACACUUGGACCUCUACCUCCGCUUCCUCCUGGGCCUCUCAACAGACUCCAGUAAGACUCUGUUACAAAGGCUACUGGGGCCAACAGAAACCUGCUCACAAACCAUUAAGGAAACAGCCCAAUACAUCAAGGAGAAAAUACAGGAGAAUUUAUCUCCAGAAAGGACCAUCAACCUGUUCCACUGUCUGACUGAACUGGGGGACAACUCUCUAGUAGAGGAAGUACAAAGAUACCUGAAUUCAGGAAACAUUUCAGUAGAUGACCUUUCACCUGCACAGUACUCAGCUCUGGCCUUUGUGAUGCUGAUGUCAGAUGAGGAGCUGGAUGUGUUUGACCUGAAGAAAUAUAUCAGACGAGAUAAACAGCACUGCAGGCUGCUGCCUGUGGUCAAGAACUCCAGGACGGCUCUGCUGAACAGCUGUGAUCUCAUAGAUAAACACUUUGAAGUGCUGUCUUCAGCUCUAAGAUCAAACUCUUCCCCCCUGAGAGAGCUGGACCUGAGUGACAAUAACCUGAAGGAUUCAGGAGUGAAGCUGCUCUCUGCUGCACUGGGGGAUUUACACUGUAAACUGAAGAUAUUGAGGUUGUCAGGCUGUAGGGUCACAGAAGAAGGCUGUUCUUCCCUGGCUUCAGCUCUGAAGUUAAACCCCUCACACCUGAGAGAACUGGAUCUGAGCUACAAUCACCCAGGACACUCAGGAGUGAAGCUGCUCUCUGCUGUACUGGAGGAUCUCAGCUGUAAACUGGAGAAGCUGCAGGUGGGCUGGUGUGAACUCACAGAGAAAUGCUGUGAGGCACUGGCUUCAGCUCUCAGAUCAAACUCCUCACCCCUGAGAGAGCUGGACCUGAGUGACAAUGACCUGCAGGACUCAGGAGUGAAGCUGCUUUCUGCUGGACUGGGGGACUUACACUGUAAACUGGAGAUACUGCGACUGUCAGGCUGUAGAGUCACAGAAGAAGGCUGUUCUUCCCUGGCUUCAGCUCUGAGAUCAAACCCCUCACACCUGAGAGAGCUGGACCUGAGCUACAAUCACCCAGGAGACUCAGGAGUGAAGCUGCUUUCUGCUGUACUGGAGGAUCCCAGCUGUAAACUGGAGAAGCUGCAUGUGGAUUACGGUGGAGAGUGCAGGACCAGAGCAGGCUUACAGAAAUACUCCUGCCAGCUGACGCUGGACCCCAACACAGCAAACAGACUCCUGUCUCUGUCAGGGGGGAACAGGAAGGUGACAUGGGGGGCAGAGCAGCCAUAUCCUGAUCAUCCAGAGAGAUUUGACUGCUGCCUCCAAGUUCUGUGCAGAGAGAGUCUGACUGGCCGCUGUUACUGGGAGGCUGAGUGGGAUGGAGAUGGAGCUGAGAUAGGAGUGACUUAUAAAGGGAUCGGGAGGAAAGGACUGAGGGGCUGUGGGCUUGGAUACAAUGACAAGUCAUGGAGUCUGUGCUGUAAUACUGACAGUUACUCUGUCUGUCACAAUAAUAAACAGACUCUCAUACCCAUACGGCCCUCAGGCCCCCGCAGAGUAGGAGUGUAUCUGGACUGGGGGGCUGGUGCUCUGUCCUUCUACAGAGUCUCCUCUGAUGGACUGACCCCCCUGCACAGAUUCACCUCCUCAUUCACUGAGUCCCUCUAUCCAGGGUUUCGGGUUUAUAGAAACUCCUCAGUGUCACUGUGACGUGUUGCUGGUUCUCCUGCAAAAAGGUAAAAUCUCUGCUUUUUAACCUUUAUAAUCCUUUUUACUCUGAAAUGUACAGAACUGUGCAAAAGUCUUAGGCAGACAAAGAAAAUGAUGUUUAGAUUAUCCUCCUGUUGGUGUAAAACUAUGAUAUGAUGCCUGUCAAAGUGUGUCAGCUUCACCAUUUCAGAACCUCUGCUAAAAUCAUCCCAGUAUUUGCAGCGACCGUCCAGUGCAGCCAUGCAUUUUUUGACUUGGCCACUAGCAGACCUCAUACAGCUGGUCAAUCUGUCACUGACUUUUUAAACCAAUAUAUUUAAUUAUUUAAUUGGGCUGUUGGUGAAAUUUAACAAAAUCAUGGAACGGCUGAGGUGCCCCUGAGGAGAAGUUUGGGAACUGAAGCGGUGUUCAUCUAGCCAUCCAACUAGAUAUCAGUAACUUUUUAGAAGACAGAAGAAAUUAUUACUAGUUUUUAUUGUGUUACUUUUAAUUUGCACACAUUCUAAUAUUAAAUUGUGUUUUUUGUUCUAAGCCAAAGUACACUUGUUACCCAGAUAAACAGCUUUAAACAUUUCUUUGGACGGCCUAAGACUUUUGUAUGUUUGACAAAAAAUAAAUGACUGUCUUCAGUGAGCUGAAUAACAUGAAAAAUAUAGUUUAAUAGUUUUUUUCUUUAACUAAAAUGUAAUUAAAUGUAAUGCUGAUUC